UGGACGACGUCCAGUGUUACUGGGUUCUCUGUGUUUGAUUAUUGUUUCGAACUACGCAGGCGCAGCUGUUCCGAACUUGUCAUUUUUUUAUGUUACCCGGUUUAGUUCAGCGAUGGGGGUAGCCGGUAUACAGAAUGCAGGUGUUUGUCUUUUAAUGGAAACGAUUAGUCCAGGGUAUCGACUUUGGGUAGCGGUUUCAUUUUCCUUCGGUUGGAUUACAGGAUUAAUCAUUCUUCCAGGACUAGCUUGGAUAAUCAGGGAUUGGCAGUAUUUAGAAGCUGUAUCCACGUGUGGGUGGCUACCGAUGUUGAUCGCCUGGUGGUUCCUCCCCGAAUCUCCAAGAUGGCUUCUAACCAGGAAGCGGUAUGCAGAUGCAGAGAAUACCAUCAGGAAGUUUCUGAGUGUCAAUAAACUAAGCGUGUCAAACCUGGACCACACGAUGAAGAUCUUGGAAGCGAAGAUUGAAGCGGAAAAGAAAACAAACUCAACGUUAACCGUACUGGACUUGUUCAAGACUCCACGGCUGCGUCGUAGGACAAUAGAAAUAACAUUUGUUUUUUUUGUAGCAUCAUUUUUAUACUACGGCUUGACCUUCGACUCGGCAAGACUAGGGGGUAGUAUGUAUAUCAACUUACUAAUCUCAGCUGCUGUGGAACUCCCGGUUUGUGCAGUGGUCCCUCUGGUGGUAAAGUUCGUGAAACGGAAACCACCGAUCAUAGUAUCUUUUUUGAUCGCCAGUAUCGCCUGUGUUCUGGUUAUUGCUGUUCCGGAAGAUAUGGUGGUGACAAAGAUUUCACUAACUAUGAUAGGGAAAAUGUUCAUCUCCACUGCCUCUGGCAUCAAGUUUGUCUAUGGAGCAGAAGUGUUCCCCACUGUUAUUCGAACUGUGGGGGUUGGCACUGCUAUCCUGUGUUCGAGGAUAGGAGGGGCAAUCGCUCCUUUUGUUCGUGAGCUGAGUAAGUCCACGCACGUCGCUGUACCUUCAGUAACCUAUGGUGUUCUGUCAAUAGUAGCAGCCAUUAUGGUCUUCCUUCUUCCGGAAACAUUUAACAGACAACUUCCUGACACAAUACUGGAGAUAGAGAACCCAGAGAAACUGGCCAAAUAUCAGACAGAAGGUACAAUUGAAGAAAAUGAGCUUCAAGAACCAGUAACAGCAUGAAAAUAGAACCAUACAGUCAAUGUUAACAUGUGUCUAACAGAAUAUUAGAAUUAUUUUUACUGAUUUGAGUUUUGAAGUGAAAUAAUCCAUUGGGCUG